AUGCGUACUGAAGGUUUAAAAGAACGAGAAGAAAAUGAACCUGUGCUUGAUGAAGAUACAAAUAUAAUUGAAAGUGAAACAACAAUUGUUGGUAGGUAUUUUUCUUUUAAUGAACAAGAUAUGAAAGAUGAAAUUUUAGAAAAUAUUGAAUCAACAGUGAAAUGGUGUCGUCAAUUUGAAUCUGAAAUGAAUUUACCAAAGAAUAGUGUAUCAUAUACAUAUUCAUCUGGUGAAAAUGCAUUCAAUGAAGAUCAUUCAUUUGAAUCAAGUGAACAUAAUUAUGUUAAUUAUCAACAAAAGAAAAUGAGAGCAUUUAAUCUUGAUUCUAGAAAAGAAGAACUUUCAUUUUUCAACGAUGAAUUAACUGUUAUUCGACCAGUGAAUAUUUUAUUAGAUGUUGGUCAAACGAUAUUAAUUGGUCAAGUUACUAGUAUUAAUGUUAAAUAUGUUCGUUGA